UUUCUUUUCUUUUCUUUUCUUUUCUCCUCUCUUCCUUUCCUGCAUUAUCUUUGAUUUGUUUCACCUAUGGAGAAACCAAAAACUCCCUUCAAGGGAGUCAUUGAUGAUGUUAAAGGAAGGAUGGCAUGCUAUAAACGCGAUUGGCUCGACUCAUGUGGUACAGGCGUGAGGAUAUUGGCUCCAACAGCAUACAUUUUCUUUGCUUCUGCUCUUCCUGUUAUUGCUUUCGGGGAGCAAUUGAGUAGAGAAACAGAUGGAGCUAUGAGCACAGUUGAAACUCUUGCUUCUACUGCUAUCUGUGGAAUCAUCCAUUCAAUUUUUGGUGGACAACCUCUCUUGAUCUUAGGAGUUGCAGAGCCAACCAUCAUCAUGUACACCUACUUGUACAAUUUUGUGAAGGACAGACCAGAAAUGGGGCCAAAGCUGUUUGUCGCCUGGGCAGGAUGGGUUUGUGUGUGGACCGCGUUGAUGUUGUUUCUUCUUGCUAUAUUCAACGCUUGCAAUAUCAUCCCUAGGUUUACGAGGCUUGCAGGGGAACUCUUUGGCAUGUUAAUCACAGUUCUUUUCCUCCAAGAGGCUAUAAAGGGAGUAGUGAGUGAAUUUUCAAUUCCAAAAGGUGAAAAUCCGGAACGAGAGGAGUUCCACUUUGAAUGGCUCUACACGAAUGGGUUACUGGCAGUUAUUUUCUCAUUUGGUGUUCUUUUAGCUUCUCUUAAAAGUAGAGGAGCUAGAUCAUGGCGUUAUGGUACAGGUUGGAUGCGAAGUUUUAUAGCCGACUAUGGGGUUCCCCUUAUGGUUGUGUUGUGGACAGCAAUGUCUUUCGGUGUGCCUGGAAAAAUUCCUUCUGAAGUUCCUCGAAGGCUCUUUUGUCCUCUCCCUUGGGAGGCUAAAUCAUUAUACCACUGGACUGUGAUCAAGGAUAUGGUAAGGGUCCCAAUGUUGUAUAUCUUUGCUGCCUUCAUUCCAGCUCUGAUGAUAGCUGGUCUAUACUUUUUCGAUCAUAGUGUUGCUGCACAGAUGGCACAACAGAACGAGUUCAAUCUUAAAAACCCAUCUGCUUACCAUUAUGAUUUGUUUUUGCUUGGAGUCAUGACUUUGAUAUGUGGAUUACUUGGGAUUCCCCCUUCAAAUGGGGUACUUCCGCAAUCACCAAUGCAUACAAGGAGCCUUGCUGUACUCAAGAGACAGUUAAUUCGGAAGAAAAUGGUGAAGAGUGCGAAGGAAGGUAUUAAGCAGAAUGCAACAAAAUCAGAGAUAUAUGGAAAGAUGCAUGCUGUCUUCGUUGAGAUGGAUGCUACAUCAAAGCGCACAGCAGAUAAGGAUUUGGAGAACUUGAAGGCAGCUGUAAUGAAACAUGACGAUGGAGAAAAUGGAACAGACGGAAAAUUUGACCCUGAGAAGCACAUUGAUGCACACUUGCCUGUCCGAGUAAAUGAGCAAAGAGUUAGCAACUUUUUGCAAUCUCUACUUGUGGGAUGUAGCGUGUUUGCUAUACCUGUGAUCCGGAGAAUACCCACCUCAGUUCUUUGGGGAUAUUUUGCCUACAUGGCCAUUGACAGUCUCCCUGGUAAUCAAUUCUGGGAGAGGCUGCUGCUGCUUUUAAUUCCUUCGGGUAGAAGAUUCAAGGUCUUUGAAGGGCUCCAUGCCUCCUAUGUUGCGUCGGUCCCAUUCAAAUACAUUGUCAAGUUUACAAUGCUCCAGUUCGUGUAUUUCUUAAUUUGCUUUGGAGUAACAUGGAUACCUAUCGCUGGAAUACUAUUCCCUGUGCUUUUCUUCCUUCUCAUAGCUAUAAGAGAGCAUGUUCUUCCCAAGUUUUUCCCAUAUGAGUAUCUUAAGGAAUUAGAUGCAGCUGAGUACGAAGAAAUUGCUGGUGUUCCUAAGGAGAGAGAGAUAGCUGAUGAAGAAAAUGAUGAUGAUUUCUCUGAUUCUGAGAUAUUGGAUGAGAUGACAACACACAGAGGUGAACUGAAACAUAGAUCUGUCAGCCUAACCGAAAGGCAACAUCAGGUUUAUCCACACGACGCUUCUGAAAUGUAAUGGCACCUGAUGCAUCAAUGUAAAUGAUAUAACUCAUUGUGACUCUCAAUCAAAGUACUUCCAUGGAGGUCAUUAUAAUUUUGACAAAUCCUCUCAGUUGUGGAAAAUGUGC